AUGGUCACUGGAUGGUUUCUCCAGGCUUUGGCAUUCUAUACCGAACUGUCUGGUGACAUGAGGUACACCGAGCCAGGUUCCUUGCAGUUCCAGGUCGACAAGAGUCAUGUCUAUGAUUACGACAUGCAUUCCGUAUCGGAGGCGCUCGUGCGACAGUGGGAAGCAAACCCGUAUACCCUUUUCCCGUGUGAGCCGAAUUGGAUCUACUCGCCAUGUAACUUCAUGGGCUGGAUCGGCCAGACAGUGUAUGAUCGCAUCUUUGAUACCGACCACACCAAGCGGCUCGGACCCAGGUUCGAACAAUCGUUAGUCGAGGAGUUAGGCGAGGCAGAUGGGUCAAUAUUGCCUAUCCGCUCAGAACUGACUGGCUUUACAAUUCCUGGUAUUUGCGGCGCGCUAGGCGAUCUUUCAAACGCCCUGUAUUGUCGGGGCUCCUUUGACCACGUCGCACGCAGGAUGUGGGCAAUCUUCCGCCGUGAAGCUGUCUCGAUUGACAAAGAUACUGGCGAACUGAGCCUCAAGAACCUCAAGGGAGCCGACAAAAUUGACCCUGGAUCUUACUCACCUAGUCCCCACGCUAUAUAUGCCAUGGUAGGAAAUACAGCUGCUGAGUUUGGUGACGAAGAGCUUCGACAGAAGGCUAUCAAGAAACUCGAGAACGGCUACCGCUCGGUCGUGAGCAAGACCGGUGCACUUCGAUUUAGUAAAGAAGAGGCGUCAUUCACUACAAAUACAUCCACAAUCAAAGCAUACCUGCUCCGCAACGGCGAUUGGCGAAGGAUUAUUACGAAGGGCCCUUCAGAGACCACAAAGAAUGGACCAGUCCUUGACAGCAUUCCUUAUCCCGGAGUGCUGGUCGCGAAAGCUAGGAGCACUGAUAUGGAAGACUUUAGUCUUGUUCUCUAUCCUUCAGGCGAGCCUGGCAACUUUGAUAUUGGACUUAAGAAACUUCAGCCAGGGCAGAAAUAUGUUACUGUGGGUGGGGGUGCUACCUUCGUUGCGGACAAUGAUGGCAAUGCUCAGUUCAAGGCGCAUGUGGAGGGUCGUACAGUGAUACACGUCAAGAAACAGGUCAAAGGCUAG